UUCUCGCUCUUCUACUGAUUAUGUGAAUCCCUUCAUUCGCCGUCGCUUCGAUUCCUCAAUUCUUCAAUAAAAUCUCCUUAAAACCCUAAUUUUCUUGGAAUCGCUUAGGCCCAAUUUCAUCUUAUCAUGUGGAAACCCUAGGUUUUUUUUUUCCUUAUCAAAUUCCGCUUCAUAGUUUGAUUAUAUACUUACCCAUUCCGACUAUAGGUGUUGUAGUCAGAGAAACAGGAACGCCGCAGCGAAUAUCGAUAACCCAUUUAGGGUUUGUGGGUUAUACUCUGCGGCUGUUCUAUAUCUGGAAGAUCUCUUACCCGGUUCUGCAUGCGAGCAGAGACAACCAUGAAGCGUGAGUUAGCUUUCGCAUUGCAAGUUCAAUCUCAGUUUGAUAGUCCUCUCGGUCGAACGCGAGGAACCCCUGUUGAGAAUGGAUCGGAAAGGGCGAAGGGGACAAGAAGAAGCAAUAGACUUAAUGGUUCUUCUGAAAACCGGCGGAAGAAACCUAAGCGUGUGAGUAUGACUCCUUCUCGGGAGAAGUCAGGGAAUGUUCGAUACAAUAAGGAAGUUCUCGCUUUGAGUAAUGGUGCUGCUGAUUAUGGGAAAAACAAAAGAUCUAAAGUUGCUAAUGAGGAGGACAUGGUAAGUGGGGUUGAAUCAAUUGAAACUGCCAAUCAGGAUCAAAUUGAAAGUGGGUCGAUGGAAACAACUACUCAGGAGGUGAUGGAAUGCACGACUGUGUUACCUCCUUCUGGGGAUGAGAUAAGAGGUGUGUAUGUUGAAGCUUCAGCAGGAGAAGGGCUGAGAGACAGUACUGAACAACCAAGAUCUCACCAAGGUAUAUUAGAUGAUAUUUUUGGGGAUGAGAUUAUAGGGGUGUCUGGUGAAGAAGGUUCAGCAACAGAGGAUCUGCUGGACACUACUGAACAAUCAAUAUUUCACCAAGGAAUAUCUGAAGAUAUUGUUGGGAAUGAGAUUAAAGAUGUUCCUGCCGAAGGUUUAGUGGAAGAAGGGCUAAGGGACGGUACUGAACUUCACCAAGAAAUAUCUGAAGAUAUUUCUGGAGAAGAGAUCAAAGGUCCAUCUGCUGAAGCAACCGCAGGAGAAGGUCUGCAGUGCUUAAUGAAUGGUGAGAAAGUUGAGGCCCAGAAUGCUGAUGCCCAGAAUGUUGUGGUAGUGAAGGCUCCAAAAAGGUUCACAAGAUCAGCUCUGAAGCAGAAGGUGGAGCAGCUGGAUGUGGGAUUGGUUUCUGUGCCAAUAGCCAUUGAUUAUGCACUGGAUGGUGCAGUGGAUGGUGUUAUAAAGGUUAACAGAAAGGAGGAUGUUGCAUUAGGGGAGGGUCUAUUGACAAAGAUUGAGAGCAAAAUGCCUACGAUGCAAGGCAAUUAUUGGACAUUGAAAAAGUUUUUGGCCACAGGCUUGCUUGAUGGGUACAAAGUGUUCUAUUACAGUUCUAUAGAGGAACAUGUCCUGCAUGGAGUGAUUAAGGAUGGUGGCAUCUCUUGCUUAUGUGGGUUGUGCCAGGGCUCAACAGUUAUUUCACCUUGUCAAUUUGAGAUUCAUGCUUGUAAUAAGAGCAGAAAUCCACAACAAUACAUACGUCUUGACAGCGGUAUGAGUUUGCAUAAUGUGUUACUUGCUUGCCAAAAUACUUCUGUUGAAGUUUUGAUAGAUACAAUUCAAACUAUUAUUGGCGAUCAGUCUGUUAAGAAAUCAACGCUUUGUAUGAUAUGCAAAGGCUCUUGCAUACCAGUAUCUUCUGAUCAAGAGAAGCAAUGUUGUGACUCAUGUGCUGAUGUAAAGAACUUGGAGAUAACUGCAACCCCUAUAAACACCCCUAAUGCUAGGCCUUCCACAAAAAAACGAGGUCGUCCAAAGUCCUCUACACCUGCAUCUUCAUGCAAAUCUUCGGCUUACAAAGUUAAAAAGAAGAUUAUGAAAAAGUCUCAGAAAGGAUCUAUAAAGUCUUCCUCUAGAAUCAUCUGUGUCUCUCCUCCGGUGGCGAAGAGUCUGGGAAAAAUAACAAAAAAAGAUUUGGGGAUGCAUAAGGUUGUUUUUGGUGAAGGAGGAUUGCCUAAUGGAACUGAAGUGGCAUAUUUUUCUCGUGGACAGAAAUUACUGGAGGGAUAUACAAUAGGCCAUGGAAUAUUUUGUCGUUGCUGCAGUUCUGAGAUUAGCGCCUCUCAGUUUGAAGCACAUGCAGGUUGGUCGACACGCAGAAAACCAUACCAGAACAUUUACACAUCAAAUGGGGUAUCUCUUCAUGAGUUCGCAAUAUCUAUACUACAAAAUGGUCGUAAUAAAGAAGAAGAGGAUAAUGAUAGCCUUUGCAUCUUUUGUGCUGAUGAUGGAAAUCUUUUGUUUUGUGAUGGUUGUCCAAGGGCCUUCCACAUGGAAUGUGCAUCCCUUUCUAGUGUUCCUACUGGUAAAUGGUUCUGUAACUAUUGCCAGAAUAUGUUUCAAAGAGAGAAGUAUGUGGGCCAUAAUGCAAAUGCUGUAGCAGCUGGCCGAGUUGCUGGAGAUGAUCCGAUUGAUCAAAUAACAAAGAGGUGCAUUCGCAUUGUGAAAACUGAAGAAGAAGCUGAGUCUGUUGCAUGCCUUUUAUGCAGAGGCUAUGACUUUAGCAAAACAGGAUUUGGACCCCGAACAGUCAUUGUUUGCGACCAGUGUGAAAAGGAAUAUCAUAUUGGGUGUUUGAAAGAGCAUGAAAUGGAUGAUCUAAAGGAAUUGCCAGAGGGAAAGUGGUUCUGCUCUAUUGAUUGUGAUAGGGUCCACUCGAUUCUACAAAAUUUCGCAUCACAUGGAGAAAAGAACAUUCCAGAUUCUCUUUUAGACAUCAUGAAGAAAAAGCAUGAGAAUGAAUCUCCAGAUGGUUUCACUAAUUUUGAUGUGAGAUGGAGGAUUCUUAGUGGAAAAGUUUCUUCUUCUGAAACUAAAUCACUGCUUUCAAAAAUUGUGACUAUCUUCCAUCAUUCCUUUGACCCAAUUGUUGAUGAAGCGACUGGUCGAGACUUUAUUCCAUCUAUGGUCUAUGGGCGGAGUUUUAGGGGCCAAGACUUCGGAGGAAUGUAUUGUGCACUCUUAACAGUCAACUCAACGAUUGUAUCUGUUGGAAUAUUCAGAGUUUUCGGCCAGGAAAUUGCUGAACUCCCCCUAGUUGCAACAAGUAAUGCCCAUCAAGGCAAGGGCUACUUCAAAGUUCUAUUCUCUUGCAUUGAGAAUCUGCUGUCAUCUUUGAAUGUAAAGAAAUUGGUUCUCCCUGCUGCUGCUGAAGCAAUGUCUAUAUGGACAGAGAAGUUUCAUUUCGAUAAAAUACCACCUCACCAAUUAGCUGAAUACAGGGAAAAGUGUUGGCCAAUGUUGACCUUCAAAGGAACAUCUAUGCUCCAUAAGUCGGUACCCUCACAUGGUCAGACGGCUGAAAAUGACGAUUUAACAAGCGGUUAGUGUGGAGUCUGGGUAAUUUUUUUAGGAGACCAUAUUUUGAUGGUGACUUUUUUUUUUGGAUAUUGUAAAGUAGUGAGUUGAAAGGUUUUAGGAGGGUUAAAAAAAUUUAGAUUUUGAAUUUCUUUUUUUUUUGUUUCAAUUUGACAUAGAUAGAUUUGAAUUUAUAAUCAAUUGGCAAGGGUUAAUAUUUUGGUGCUACAUUUACUGAUUACAUUUGCAUAGUAAGUCCCUAAGUUGUUGGGGCAAUGUUGAUUGAGCACAAUUGGUUUUUAUGUUAUUGACAGACCUUGUUUUA